UCAGUCUAUAUAUUUAGCGGUACACUUAUGUAUCUCCUUACAAUCUUACAUAAGUAUACACACAUCUCCAACAUAUCAACCAAGAAGGAAAUCAUGGAGGGUGCUUUGUUCUACACAUCUCUGUCCCUCCUCUUUAUCCUCUCGAUCACAUUCAAAUACUUUUUCCGAACUAAACAACACCGCCACACGAACCUCCCACCAAGCCCACCUUCUCUUCCACUUCUUGGUCAUCUCCAUCUCCUAAGCCCCACAAUCCAUCGAACCUUCCACCAACUCUCACAGAAAUAUGGCCCUGUUGUGUCCCUCUGGUUUGGCUCACGUCGCGUGGUUGUAGUUUCUUCAUCCUCAGCAGCUCAAGAAUGUUUCACCAAAAACGAUAUUGUUCUGGCAAACCGUCCUCGCUUCAUGCUCACAGGCAAGCACCUGGGUUACAACUACACCACUGUAGUGGAGUCUCCCUUUGGUGAUCACUGGCGCAACCUACGCCGCAUUGGAACCACAGAGAUCUACUCUACCAAUAGGCUCAACUCUUUCUCAGGCAUCAGACAGGAUGAAGUCACGAAAUUGCUGCUCAAACUUUCACGCAACUCACGUGAAGAUUUUGCAAAGGUGGACUUGAGAAACGUGAUCUCUGAGAUGACCUUCAACAUCAUAAUGACAAUGGUGGCAGGAAAGAGGUUUCAUGGGGAUGAUGUUUCAGACAACGAGCAGGCCAAACGGUUCAGAGAUAUCAUGAGGGAGGCUUUCACAUAUGGUGGUGUAACAAAUCCCUCAGACUUUGUUCCUAUUUUGAAAUGGUUUGGGAGUGGUGGGUUUGAGAAGAAGGUGAUGGCCUUGAGUAAGAGGAUGGAUGCGUUCUUGCAAGAAUUGAUUGAUGAGCAGCAGCUGAGUAGAACUACAUCAGAUCAGAGUGAAGCAAGUACAAUGAUCCAUCAUUUACUUUCUAUGCAAGAAUCAGAACCCAAAUACUACACCGACGAAAUUCUCAAAGGACAUAUAUUGGUCAUGCUUUUGGCUGGUACUGAUUCAUCAUCCUUAACACUGGAAUGGACCAUGUCCAAUCUGCUCAACAAUCCUGAGGUGCUAGAAAGAGCUAGAGCUGAACUGGAUGCUGAAUUUGGACAAGAACGCUUAAUAGAUGAACAAGAUAUCUUCAAACUACCUUACCUACAAGGUAUCAUCUCUGAGACCCUCCGCUUGUACCCUACAGCCCCACUACUAGUACCACAUUAUUCAUCUGAUGACUGCACCAUUGGAGGAUUUGACGUGCCACGUGACACGAUAGUAAUGAUCAAUGCAUGGGCUAUACAUAGAGAUCCGACUUUGUGGGAUGAUCCUGAAAGCUUCAAGCCUGAGAGGUAUGCAAAUGGUGGGGAUGACUCACACAAGCUCAUGCCAUUUGGACAAGGAAGAAGGGCGUGCCCAGGAGCAGGCUUGGCACAACGUGUGGUUGGCUUGGCUUUGGGAUCAUUGAUUCAAUGUUAUGAGUGGGAAAGACUUACUGAGAUGAAGGUUGAUAUGAGUGAAGGUAAAGGACUCACAAUGCCUAAAGCUGUGCCACUGGAGGCUAUGUGUAAAGCACGCCCAAUUGUGAACAAGGUUUUCUCUUAGAUGAAAAUGCAGGACAUAACUACAGUACUGUAAAUUAAAAGACAUUUCAUUCUUACUUGUGUUAAGUCUUAUGAUAUAUCAAAAAAUUAAAAUUAUGCGUGUUGUAUUAUCACUGUGCAAAUUGGUCAAUCAUUUUUAUAAUAAAAGGUUUACCUAAGACAUAAGAAAAACCUAUUGAGCAGUGACUUUGGCACCUGCCUAUAUUGUGAUCAAUUGCAUACUUCUCUUGAUUUAUUGUAACCUCUUUGAUCACAAUGAUCAUAGGAAUCUAAACCCACAACUGAUUACACCUUCUCGAACUGUCUGCCUAAAACCCAUUUCGAUUCUGUCCAAUAGGAUUGAAUUUAAUCAAAUAAAAUCUCAUAUUAGAUAUUCACUGCCAAGCUCACCGAAAGUCUAGAACGGAGUAUACAUGUAUCAGAAUCACUAAAAAGAUAUUCAUGAGGAUAUGAUCAGUACCAAUUAAUGCUUUUUCUUUGUUCAAGGAAUUGAGUUCCAUCCAGCUCCAUCGACUCAGAAUCAGU